AUUCUUUGCCAAAAAGAUAAAUUUUUGCCAGAAACAAGACUACUUGUAUUAUUUCACAAAUUUGAAGAAAGACGAAACUUUUUACGAUUUUUGGCAGAAAGCAAGACUUGAAAAUUUUCAAUUUUUACAAGUCUUUUUGUGAGGGGGAGAGGGGUCAAAGUUUUACUUACAAGUCGGUUUUUUCAAAUUUCCAAAGUUUUCGGGGUAUUCCAAGCAUUUUUUGGAGGGAGAAGAGAAGAAGAGGGAGUGUUAACAAUACAUCUCCCAUUUCAAUCCAUCAUUUUUGAAAUUUUCUAGCUUUUUCGAGAGUUUUUAAUGAAAUUACCAUUGUACAUUUUCAACGUAAGCUAUUUGUUCUAAAAAAUUGUAAUUAGCUCCAUUAAAAAAAAAAAAAAAAACCUACUUUUGAAGAAAGGAAGAGCACAUUUUUUGCGAAGAAAAGCGAGCAUAUGAAAUUUUGGAAAAUUUUUGAUUCAAAAAUAUCAAGACGAGCGUUUUUAUCGGGUAUAUUUUUUCUUUUUGAGCGAAUUUAUUUUCGAAUUCGAAGAUGAAUUUUUAAAAUUGGAAGUUCUGAAAAUUGAAUUUGAAAUUUUUGACUCAAAGAUCUGAGAGUUGGCAAAAUCGAGAAUUUUGUAAUGAAAUUUUGUCAAAAUUCUACAAAGGAAGUAAAUAGUAAAUGAAUUAAAAAAUUCAACAUUUAAUAUCUAUUGUAAGACAAAAAAAAUGCAGGACUUGGAGGAUUAGCGAACCUGUUAGACACUCUGUAUUUACUAAAUCUAAGAGCAGUGGUAGUUACAGCUUCCCAAACAAUUUUUUUUUAGUGCAAAUUUUCUGAAAAGUGAAAGGUCCCUCCCCUCUAAUUCCGAAUUAAGUACUUUUUUCACUUCAAUUCUGGACUUCUAGAAUCAAUUCUGAAAAAGUUUGAACAGAUAGCUUUUAGAAUUUUUUAAAAAGUUGUACGAUCUGAAGCUCUCAUGAGAGAGAGGGAGAGGUAGGGACGAUGAGGUUAAAAAUUUAUCCAAGAAUUUGACGUUUUUUCUACGUGUUUUUGAAGUCACUUGACCAAGAUUUUUUGCUUGGCUCCAUCAAAUUUCUAAAAUAGAAAAUUUUCCCAAUUUCUCCGAGGCUCUAAGAUGAUUUAAAUGCGUUUUUUUUUCCCAAAAUGGACGUGAAGUAGAUCUGUAAGUGCGAUAUCUUGACCAAAAAAAACCACAUAUGGUAUAGAGUUUUUUAAAAUUUAACUUUCAAUUUUUUUUGGAGACUCUUGAGAAUUUGUUGAAGGCUCCAAGAUGGUUUAGAACUUUUCAGUGAUAAGGUGAAAAUUUCCUCAACGAAAAAAAAAAAAUCAAAUCCAUUUUCAAAAGAAGCGACAAUAUUUAAAAACUCUUUCAAACACUUCUAAGCGACGUGCAGCUCGAAUCGAGUAGAGAACAAUAGCCAAGCCAGGUCGACUGAUGAGAAUCCAGACAAGGUAUUUUAUUAUAACUACUUCUUCUGGAGCCACUGUCACCGCAUGACCGUAUUCUAAUUUCCUUUACACAUUGCCUUUGACAAAAAUGCACACAAACGAGUUCCUUAUUUUUGAAAGGUUAAUUGUUGAACCGAAACUGCUUAAAAUGACAAAUCCUAUCGAUGGUUAUACCUUACCUACUAUACCUAGAUAUCUACUCCAGUAGUAGUAUUUGAGUUUCGUAUGAAACAAGGUGUUUGCUAGUGAGAAGGAAAAGCAUAUAAAAUAUCGAGAUGAUAUUCACAAAAGGCUUAUUUUUAGUGGUCGUGUUUCUAAUUCACACCACCUCGGCUAUCAAUUUGAAUUUCUUCAACUUCAAUAAAUCACCGGAUCAGAACGAGACCACAGCUACAAUACCUAUUGAACCGACAAAGUCAAUCUCAUCGUCGAUUGAAGUUACCGAAUCGUCAACACCUACACCAGUUCUAAAUACUCUUCCUGAAAUCACCGAAUCGCCAAUACCAGUUCUAAAUCAUUCUCCAGCUAUAAUCACCGAAUCUCCGAUCACAGUUGUAAACUAUUCUCCGCCCGAUUCGAAUGUCAACUUGGUUAUUCUUCAGAAACACGAAUUCGAAAAUGAAACCGAAGCUGUAGACGCUUCACCCGAAAUCACCGAUAAUAAUAACAAACCUUCGGUGCCAAAUCGCCCUGAUGUGCAAGAAAUUGACGAAACGAGAAACUCUUCUGUUUACAAUUAUUCGGUAAAUGAGACAAUACUGGAAGAAUUGGAAGAUAUUUUCAAUGAUACAAUAAUGACAACGACACCGACAUCUCAACCGACUCCUGAUCUACCAAAUUCUCCAAAAAUAUUCCUACCUUCGUUCACGUUACCUAAAAGGAAAACUGUCCAGUUUACUCACACAAUUGUGACCACGAUUACGAAACUAGAAACGGUAUAUCCAUCUUGUGUAAAAAUGGAAAACGUCAGAUCAGUAUGUGAUGGAUCGUUAAUAAGCAUUCAACCGACCCCAACAUUAUUCAACCAUGCUGAUCUGAAUACCCAAAUGGCAAAUAUAAACAAUGACGACAAUUUUGAUAUUAUCGAACCGCCAGAAAGUAGGAAAAAAAGAUCUCAAGAUAGCACAAUCACUUUGAAGAAUUUGAAGGAAUCAGAAUCGAAGCUUCGAGUAGAUUUUAUAGAACCCAGCGAAUCUGACUACGAAUUCGAGGUAUUACCUCCUGGCGUCGAAAACAAACAGAAAAAUAGUUCUGAUAAUCUCCAAGGCAGAGGUCCAAAUGAUGCUACCCAACCACUCGCCAUCAUCGAGUCUCUUUUACUAAACAAACCCAAAGUUGAAUUUUUCACCGCAUACUUGGCCACAACAUCAGUUCGCACCAUCACCAAUAAUGCAGUUACUGCCACAGUCAUAGCUCGCAACUGCAUACCGAAGAAUAUGAAUUUGAAAAGGUGUCCCAUAUCGACGGAAUUCGAGACGAAAGCUCCCAUUCGACCAAUCAAACCAAUCGUUGACAAACCUGAAAAUACCAAAUCUCCCACAAAACAACAUAAAGAGGCUGAAACCAAACAAAAACCUACUCCAGUCGUUAACAAACCAGCAGAACAUACCAAAUCUACGACAAAACAACAACAUAAAGAAGCUGAAACCGAAAAAAAGCCCAUUCUAGUCGUUUGCAAACAGGAAAAUACUAAAUCUACGACGAAACAACAUAAACAGGCUGAAGCUGAAGAAAAAUUCAUCAGUAUUAAACCGAAGCCAUCAACGAAUAAGCCACCUGUGCUAUUGCCUCCGCAGCAAAAACCAUUCGAUGCUUUAGAACAACUAAGAGAAUACUUGAUUAUGAAUGCAAAUAGACUUUUUAAUGAUAAACCAAAUUCAUAUGAAAUUAUUGAUUUGAAUGCAGGAUCUACCAUCAUUCAGUCCGCUGAUACAGCGUUAUCUCCAAUUUAUUAUAAAAAAAGAUCUAUUAGAGUUAAAAGACAACGUUAAAAAUAUACAGUGAGGAAAAAUUAUGGAAAUAUGUAGUAUGAAAUUAGAAUUACUAGUCAAGUAAUAAUUAUUUUACAGAUUAAUUUAACUGAUACCUACCUACAAAUCUGCUGGGGACAUAAUAAUAAAUAAUGUAAUAUUUUUUCAGUUAAGUAGGUAAAUAGGUAUGAUUAUAAUGCUCUGUAACUUUCAUUAGUAAACUAGCGCUGUUUUUUCAUUUCAAUAAAAUAUGUAUAGAUGUA